CACUCCCAUUCUGGGGUAUUUAAGAGGCCCCCUCCCAGACACAUCUACAUUCCAACUGACUAGUCAACAAUUAACUACCAAAGAUCCACCAGUGCACACCUGCAGCCUUACUGACAGGAUGAAGUUCAAAACGAUUAUGUUACUUUUUCAAAUCUUGGCCAUUUCAACCAUCAAAUCAGCUGACGUUCCUGACGGAUACGUAGAAGAGAAUGUGGCUUUACGUGGGAAGGCCACUCAGUUGGAUCAACUGCAGGGGAAAUGGGAUGCUUUCAGCCAUGCAAGCAAUGCCAUUGAUGGAAACCGAGAUUCUUACUUCUUCCAUGGAUCCUGCUCCCACUCUGCAAUUGGUCCCAACCGCUGGUGGAGGGUGGACCUGCUGCAGGAGUACCAAAUCACCUCCGUCACCAUCACCAACAGAGGAGACUGCUGUGGAGAAAGGAUCAGUGGAGCUCGCAUCCUCAUCGGCAAACACCUGAAGAACAACGGAAUCAAUAAUCCACAGUGCAGUGUGAUUGGCUAUAUGGCAGCAGGAGAGACUAGAACCUUUUACUGUCCAUAUACAAUGACGGGACGCUACGUCACAGUGUUCCAUCCAAGACCAGGUUUCCUUCACUUGUGUGAAGUGGAAGUGAAUGCUCUGCUUUCUGCCAAAUGAAAAUUUCUCUAAGCAGUGCUUUGCAAAUCUGUUUGCAUCUACAACUACUCAUUGCUUUAUAGCCAGAUGCAGUCUGUUUAGAAACGCGGGUAAAGAAAUCAAUUUAACUAUUUUGGGAUUUGAGAAUCAUGCUGCCAUUUUAAUAUAUUUCCAGGUUUUCAUGUACAGAAAACUUACUGAAGUUCUACUUGUCUGCUUUCUGCAAGUUCAUUUAUUGACUGAUUUUCUUUGUAGUGCAUCAAAUAAACAUCUCAUUUAAAGCA